CGUGGAGUCUCCUUCUCAAAGAGAAAACCAAGCCAGUCAAAAAGCUGCUCAUUACGUCGUUGACAAAUCAAAAGAGAGAAGCAAAUGGCCCUCCAACUCAGUCCAUUUCUCACUUCUAAACCCAUGAAGUCACUUUCCUUCAAGUUGCAUUCGACCGCCAAUCCCAGCCACAGGUCUCCCAAGUCCAUGUCCUGCAAUGUUGGCUCUGGCUCCGCCACCAUGGAGAAGGUCAAUAAGCCUUCUGUUCCUCACUGGGAGGCGCAUGUUCAGGUAACCCACUCCAUGCCACCCGAAAAGAUCGAAAUAUUCAAAUCCAUGGAGCAUUGGGCCAAGAAGAAUUUAUUGGUUCACUUGAAGCCUGUCGAGAAUUGUUGGCAACCACAAGACUUUCUGCCGGACCCGGAGUCGGAUGGAUUUGAAGAACAAGUUAAAGAACUUAGGGAGAGGGCUAGGGAAAUCCCUGAUGACUACUUUGUUGCUUUGAUUGGAAACAUGAUAACAGAAGAGGCCCUUCCUACUUAUCAGACGAUGCUUAAUACUUUGGACGGAGUUAGAGAUGAGACAGCUUCGAGCCUAACACCUUGGGCCAUUUGGACAAGGGCAUGGACUGCGGAGGAGAACAGACAUGGUGACCUCCUGAACAAGUAUUUGUACCUGUCUGGACGAGUGGACAUGAAGCGAAUCGAGAAAACGAUUCAAUAUCUGAUCGGGGCAGGGAUGGACCCUCGAACGGAAAACAGCCCCUACCUGUUGUUCAUAUACACUUCAUUUCAAGAAAGAGCGACAUUUAUUUCUCACGGAAAUACCGGCAGGCUUGCCAAGGCACAUGGGGACGUGAAAUUGGCUCAAAUUUGUGGGGCAAUUGCAUCAGAUGAGAAGCGCCAUGAAGCAGCCUAUACAAAAAUCUUGGAGAAGCUCUUUGAGAUCGAUCCAGAUGGCACUAUCUUGGCACUUGCCGACAUGAUGAGAAAGAGGAUCACUAUGCCAGCACAUCUGAUGUAUGACGGUUGUGAUAACAACAUUUUCUCCCACUACUCAGCCGUUGUUCAGAGGCUUGGCAUUUACACAGCAAAGGACUAUGCAGAUGUUCUGGAGUUUCUGGUGGGAAGGUGGAAGGUGGAGAAUCUGACUGGACUUUCAGCAGAGGGAAGAAAAGCCCAGGAUUGCGUCUGCGGUUUAGCACCAAAAAUGAGAAGGCUGGAGGAGAGAGCUUGGGAAAGGGCCAAGGAAGCACCUACUAUUCCUUUCAGCUGGAUUUCUGAUAGACGAGUGAAGCUUUAGGGUAUAAAUUUCCUAUACAUCGGUUGGAAUCAGUCUUUCUCAUGCUUGUAGUC